AUGGUUCGUUACGUGCCUCGGCUGGCGGAUGGUCAAAGAGUGAAGCUCUCCUGGCCAUUGACUAUUUAUCGCUAUAAUCAUAUAUUCUGGCCUCUCGAUGCGAGCACCACGCCCUUUUGGCGUCGCUUUGAUUAUGCGAUGGCAUUGAUUGGCAGCUUGAUUCUAAUGCUGCAUAACGAAGCGGAGCUGCGCUAUUUGCGCUUCCAGCGCACCAAUCUUGACACUCUGCUGACCGGGAUGCCCACCUAUCUAAUCCUCGUCGAGUUUCAGCUGCGCUCUCUGCACGUUUUAAUGUAUAGAGGAGAGCUGCACCAGCUGCUGCAAACGUACUUCGGUUCUAUCUAUGUGGAUCGUCAGACUCAGCCGAAACUCUUUGGCCAAAUUGAACGUAAGCUGCUGCCGAAUCGUCUGGUUGCCUUAUUGUAUCUGUUGGCUGUCUCUGGCUAUGUGAUAGCGCCAAUUACGAUGCUGAUAACGAAGCGAAGGGACUUCUUGUUUCCCAUGAUUCCGGCCUUCAAUGUUGAGCCACUCUACAUAUUCGUUCCACUGAUUCUGAGCAGCAUCUGGGUCGGUCUGAUCAUUGACACGCUGGUGUUCGGUGAGACGACACUGCUCUGCGAACUGAUCACCCAUCUGAAGGGUCGCUAUAUACUGUUGCAGCAAGACAUGGAAGCCUCCAUCGAACAGAUAUUGGCUGCCAGGCAACGUCCUCUAAUGGCACAGCAGCUGCGCGAGCUUCUGGUCAAGACUCUACGCCAAAACGUCGUGCUCAAUAGAUUUGGAGAGCAACUGGAGUCGCAUUUCACGGUUCGCGUAUUUAUAAUGUUCGCCUGCAGCGCCGUCUUGCUGUGCGCCUUGGGCUUCAAGACCAUUGCGAGUCCAACGGGCACUUAUAUAUAUCCGGUAUGGUUUGGUGCCAAAACUGUGGAGCUGCUCACCUUGGGUCAGCUGGGCUCCGACUUGGCUUUUGUGACAGACUCGCUCAGCACUAUGUACUAUCAAACACAAUGGGAACAGGUGCUCUACUACUCCACCAAUCCACGUGAGAAUCUGCGACUGCUGAAGGUCGUUGCGCUGUCAAUCGAACUGAAUUGCAGGACCUUCUAUAUGACGGGCUUAAAAUACUUUCGAGUCAGCCUGCAGGCGGUUGUGAAGAUACUACAGGGCGCCUUCUCUUACUUCACGUUUCUCACAUCGAUGCGCUGA